CGCCCCGCAGACACCAUGAGCGGCCGAGUCGGGGACCUGAGCCCCCAGCAGCAGGAGGCCCUGGCCAGGUUCCGGGACAACCUCCAGGACCUGCUGCCCACCAUGCCCAAUGCUGAUGACCGGUUCCUCCUGCGCUGGCUGCGAGCUCAGAACUUUAACCUGCAGAAUUCCGAGGACAUGCUCCGGAAGCACAUGGAGUUCCGGAAGCAACAGGACCUGGACAACAUCCUCACAUGGCAGCCCUCAGAGGUGGUCAAGCUGUACGACUCGGGCGGUCUGUGUGGCUGCGACUAUGAAGGCUGCCCCGUGUGGUUCGACAUCAUCGGGACACUUGACCCCAAGGGUCUCCUCCUAUCAGCCUCCAAGCAGGAGCUGAUCCGGAAACGCAUCAAGGCCUAUGAGCUGCUUUUGCAGGAGUGUGAGCUGCAGAGUCAGAAGCUGGGCAGGAAGAUUGAGACAGUGCUGAUGGUGUUUGACUUGGAGGGGCUGAGCCUGAAACACCUGUGGAAGCCAGCAGUGGAGGUCUACCAGCAGUUUUUUGCCAUCAUGGAAGCAAAUUAUCCUGAGACACUGAAGAAUUUAAUUAUUGUUCGAGCCCCCAAGCUGUUCCCUGUGGCCUUCAACUUGGUCAAGUCGUUCAUGAGUGAGGAGACUCGAAGGAAGAUAGUGAUUCUGGGAGGCAACUGGAAGCAGGAGCUGCCAAAGUUCAUCAGCCCUGACCAGCUACCUGUGGAGUUUGGGGGGACCAUGACUGACCCCGAUGGCAACCCUAAGUGCCUGACCAAGAUCAGCUAUGGAGGCGAGGUGCCCAAGAGCUACUACCUACACAACCAGGUGAAGGUGCAGUAUGAACACACGGUGACUGUGGGCCGAGGCUCCUCUCAGCAGGUGGAGCUCGAGAUCCUGUUUCCCGGCUGUGUCCUCAGGUGGCAGUUUGAAUCACAUGGAGCAGACAUCGGUUUCGGAGUUUUCCUGAAGACCAAGAAGGGAGAGCAUCAGCGGGUAGGGGAGAUGACAGAGGUGCUGCCCAGCGAGCGCUACAAUGCCCACCUGGUGCCCGAGGACGGGAGCCUCACCUGUCUCAAGGCCGGUGUCUACGUCCUGCGCUUCGACAACACCUACAGCCUGAUGCACACCAAGAAGGUCAGCUACACUGUGGAGGUGCUGCUCCCUGACACUGCCUCCCAGGAGAAAAUUCAGGGUCUUGAGGCGACAAGACCGUCCCCAACACAAUGAAGAUCCUAACCUCUGUGCCUGUG